GACCACUUAAAAGGUCAAGGUGCAGAAAAUUAUACACACUUAGGAGCUACAUAGACGUCUUAAUAAUCUUAAUAACUUAAUUUGAUACUUUUUUAUUCUUAUUUUCUAAAAACAGAAUAAUUUUCCUUUAAUAUUCUUUUUCAUGGUAAAAUAAGCUACAGACCGUAAAAUAUAGUAAAUACUAGUAAUUCAAAAGUUUGUUUUGAGGAGGGAAAAAGAAAACACGAAGAGCUGUAUUUGUUCAAAAAAACUGUUACUAGCUUUAAGAAGAAAACUUGAGUUGAAAGCAAGGAUUUUCUUCUAUCAUGCUUGAUCUUAUAUGUAAAAUUGAAUAAUAAUACAGUCUGGUCUUCCAAAUCAACGCUGGCAUAAUCAACUUUUAUACAGCCGCCGUCCCACAAUGAAGUUCGCCUCUUCUUAAGCCGAAAAAAUUGUUAUAUAGGCUAUAGACUAUAGAUUAUAGACUACUAGCCAAUAAUCCCGUGAAAAAAUCCACUUUGGCAAACAAUGGAAAAGAGAACCAUCAUUAGAAUGUUAAUGGCGUCUGCAAGGACCCGUUAAUACAUAAAAACGGAAAUUUGUUUACCUGUUGCCCUGUUGCUAAAAAAAUGGAAUGCUAAUGAAGAAAAUCAAGUGCUUUUGACGACUUGUUACAGAGAUAUGAGAAUUUAAAGGAUUUUUGAUGACGUCAGUAACCCGUCUGUCCAAAAUGGGUAGGAUUAUCCCGCUUUAAAAAGUUGGUCCUAAAUUUGGUAGUCCGUAGUUACUCACGCAGGAGAUGACGUCAAUUAUUUUCACCUGUUUCCAAGUUGUUAAACCUUAAAAUAAAUGCAUGUUCGAUUUUGAUACUUUUCGAAUCCAAGAUCGUUCGAUUUUAAACUUUUGUAACUUCACAAAACAAAUUCGAAUCGUUGUUAAUGUAAAUUGAAACGAAAAGAUGGUUUUAGGUGAGCUACUUUUAUAUUUUUUGUGUGCUAUGAAAAUGUUUUUUAUUUGUUUACGUUUUUAUGUCACCAUUUUUACCCGAACCGGUUAGUAUGGCUUCUAGAGAGACCUGUUAAAAUAAGCCGUAAGCCAAUCAAAUCAUUGGAUUUUUUCAUACUAACCGGUUUUUUGUGGCAGUCAGGUAAUAAUAAUACAGUAAUAACAGAUUUUCCCGGGAUGUACCGCAAAAUAUCGCCCGAGGUCUAAGUUCCAACCGAGCUUGCGAGGUCGGUGCAAUGACUAAGGGCAACAUUUUCGGUACAGCAUGCGGUAAUCGGUUAUUAUUGUAUUUGUUAACCGUCAAGUUAGAUAAAAUAAAAAAUAAGAAUUUUAUUUUUAGUGUUCUUAUAAUAAUAUAAUUCACUAGCACUACUAGGUCCAAAUUUGAAACAGUCCCGUCUAAAAACAAACAUUCUAUUUAUAAUCCGAAAGCCCCAAUAGAAUAAAACUUUGUAAACAAAGCAUUACGAUGCUUAACACGUACAGAAUAAUGUGCAAAGUUGAAUGCGCAGCUGAAAUAUAGUUCGACGAAUAUUAAAGUAAUUUUUUUAACUAGCUAGCUAGCCAAGAAUAACAUGAGCUUCAACGAAUUUUUUAUUGACUCGGUAACCACAAAGCUGCAGGAACGAAUCUGAAAAUGAGAGAUGUAUUUUUUUUUAUGAUUCCGUCGACCUGUAUUUAGUAUUUUUGAUAAAACUGGUUAUCAGAUCAUUGUUUUUUAUGGCAAUGUAGCUAGUUAAGUAGCCAUGUUGAAGAAGCAUCCAGACACAAUGUUGCUGAAUCUGGUUAUUUUAACUGUUAAACUUGACAUUGUUUUUUUUUCUAUCCUAUGAAAAUGUUUUUAUCAAUAAAUGAGUUAGAUGUAUAAUCAUUUCCAAUGCUUCUUAAUUUUUUUUUUCGUGCUUGUUUACAUUUUGAGCUACCAUUUUUCUUAACGAUGGGCAGUACCAUAAAAUAUCGGCCCGUCGUCGUCAGAAGCGCUAAACCAAUCAGAAUGCCUAAAAGCCCGUAUUGCCCGCUUGAAAAAUUUAAAAAUCAAAAUUAGGAGCAGAUGAAUUACAACAACGAUUCGUUCAAAAGCUAAGUGAAUUGUAGAUGAACAAACCGCUCACGAUUUGUUUCAAGUCACAUCUUGUGUCAAUGCAAUAAUGUUUAGCCAGUUUGCAGAAAAAUGGUUUCCAUAGUUUAAAGCCGGCGAUAAUUGUUCAGGAAAUGCCGAAAUAUAAAGUUCUAUGCAUUGGUUUCGAAAACAGACACCCCGGGGUUACAUACAACGAAGUCUGGGCACUAGUAAAGCGCUUGUAUGGACAAACAUUAUAUAAUGGUAGCGCAACAAGAAGAGAACAACAAAACAACUUAAACGCCAUCAUGACAUCAAAAUCAGAAGGUUAUCUUUAAUGGUUUAUGGACUGUAUCCUAUUCCAAUGCACAAAACUUAAUGUUAUUAGUGUUAUUGCUUACGUCAUACGGCCUAGCAAAAGUCAAAUGUCAAACGUGUCAAAUGAGAAAAAAAUGUUAUUGUUGAUACCAUUUUGCUAUAUUUUAUUGUUAUCUUAAAAAGGUAUUGGAUCCAAGAGUUAUUAUCACUAUAUAAGGGAGUAAAGCGUUAAAGAUAAACUAAAGAUAGGUAUAGUUUAAGCUACCCGCCUAAGUGUAGUUAGCCUGGCCAGCUAGGCUGGGGAAGGGGGAGUAUUUACAGUACAUCAUUGCACUGCAAAUACUUUGUUAAAUUCACAGAGAAAAUCAAAAUCUAUCAUCCACAAUUUCUGCCCCAAAAUUUUCAUUUUUGUGCGCAGUAAAGUUUUUGUUAUUUUAAAAUAGACUUUCAAAAGGAAUGGUCGCUACGUGUCCGAGCGAGCCAAAGACGGUUAUGUUAAGAACUGCCUGAAUUGUUUUCUUUGUGCUUCUGCUAGUUUAGGUCGCUAAAGCAUCUAAUCCUAUACAAUCCUGACCCUACUUCAUAUAACUUUAUCCAAUAUAUACAGUUACUUAGUUAAUAAUUAAAGUGAUCAUAUGGUUAGAGUUUUUCUCUAACCAUAUGAUUGGCUAAUAUACCAAAAAAAUAUGAUGCUAUACUUUUGUUACAGAAAAACAAGUGCAAUUACUUAUUUUUUAUUUUACAGUGCAAAAAGCUUAUUAUAUUUUUUCUCUGAUUGGCUGAAAAAACGUGCAAAAAGCUGUAAUUUAUUUCCUGAUUGGUUAAAAACUUGCUGAGUACAGUUAUUUUUCUUUUGAGAAAUGAGAAUUUAUCGGUAAAUUAUUCUUUUGUUUUGACAUGCUUUACACCACAGAGAUUUUUAGUUCAACUUGUGACUUUAGGUUAGUGAGGUUUUAUCUAUAGCACGUUGAAGGAGUUUUGUGUUUAAUUUGAUUGUUCAACUUAACUUGUUAUACAUCAGCGGUACUUAUUAAGCAUACGUAAAUAUUUUUGCGAGAUAAACGCAAUAUAGAACGACUUUCUACUACGAGCAAAGAAGAAAAUGAGAAUUGACAAGAUAAAUCACUGCUUUUACUUCAUCUAAUUUGUAUGAAAUUAUCAUGAGUAUAGUACUCUAAAAUUGAUUUUUAUUUAAUUUCAUUGAGGCGUGACAUAAACAAGCUUUGUUUUCUUCUCUUUAAUAAUAGCCGUAUUUUGUCUUUCUGUCCGCGAAAGAUGCGUUCCAUUACAGAAACACGAAAAUUUUAAAACAUGCACCAAUACCAAAUGCGACAUAUUAUUACCAACUUUGUUUUGACCGCUCGACGGAAACAUGCUACGGAGGCCAUUUUAGUUUGAAAGAGAUGGUGUCAGGAUUGCGGAUCUGUUUGAUCUUCUUAGUAUUUGUUUUCACAUGUUAAGGCACAUAUAUUUUUGCGCUUUUUACCCACGUUUACUAAAACUUAUUCCGCAAAAUAAAAUAAUAUUGCCCGAUUGUUUUUGAUAUGACGGAGUAACACGCUUUGUAAUUUUUAUUUCAGCUUUUGUUGCGGGAAAGUUAUUUUUUGAAAAAUAUGUUAAGGUCGCAACACUGUAAUGGUGUAUGAGCUUCAUUUCAUUUACGACAUACUGCAUACCUGUAAUAAAGCGCUGCACCUGACUGUGUCGCACAGUUUAAAAUACUUAUUAAGCGCUCCUCAGGGCGUUCAACAACAGUUACUUGGGACUUUACCCGGCGAUUCGAUGCCGGGUCUCCUGACUAGUCUUUUUGGUAAUAGACGUAUUCCGUCUGCCUGUCUCUGCGCGGACCCCCGCUGAGUUAGAACAUGAUGUUAUGGAAACACAAAUAUCAAAUAGUGAGGGCCACUAUGUAAUUUCGUGUGCACAUGUGUGUUAAAAGUGAUUUUUUGAUUUAAAGUUGUUCCUUAGGUCCCAAAUUACCAAAAAAAUAUAGGUGGCAAAAUUUUUUGUCCCAUCGGACCAAAUUAGAUGACGUCAUCACUUUUACAGUCAGCAAAAAAAUAAUUUCACAUUUAUAUGUCAUAUUAUAUAUCGUUGGAAAGAGGAGAUCGAGUGGAUCAAAAAAAAUGUAAGAACCAUGUCUUCAAAACGUAACGUUCGAAAGAUAUUACUAUUCAAACUUUGUACAAAUUACAGACCGGUAAUUUACUGACCCAGCACAAAAAUGACUAUAACCUGCUCAAUAGCGAAGUUUUUUUGUUGAAUUUUAGUAUGGUAUUGGGUCACCCUAAUGUCUUUCUGUUUGAUCAAAAUUUAUUGUUCAAAUCACUUCAAGGGAUAAUUUACAGACCAGUAAUUUACAGACCAAAGCACGUGUUUAGUUGUUUACUUUAGUUUUGAAAAGCAAGUAGCGAAUUUCACUUAGACAUUUUGUAUGUAUUAGUAUCAGUAUAAUAACAAGUUUUGUUUUAUAAUUGUUCGAUUUCAUAGACAUAGACAUAGAAUUCGAAUGUUCUAUUUCUAGAAAACAUUCUAUUGUUCAAUUUCAUAGCUAGACUGUUUAAUUUCGAAGUGUUAGUGAAGUGUAAUGUGAAGUUUAUAGUAUAGACAUACAUGCAUAAUAAUAAAAUGAAUAGACCGAAUUAAAAUGGAUGUUAACUGUGUAAAAACAAUAAAUGUGCUGGAUUUUGGGAAAUGUAUAGUGUGUCAGAAAGAUACAUCAAAAAAGGUACCGCCUUACUUAAACAUUUUUUCCCAUUCCUGUUCUGAGUUCUGAGAUUUUUGAGAGAAAGAUUUUUGUUUGAUACUUUCACCAAGAUGUCAUAUUUUGUUUAGAAUGUUGGCAACCCAAAAGAGCAGUAUUUGAAAAAGUUAUUAUCAUGUCUGGAGGAAAGAGUUGUGGUGAUUCGAAGUAUCUAGAUUUUUGGGAAAAACUGAAGUCAUAUGAUAUUGUACAGCUUGUUGAAGGAAAGUCUUCAUACCAUUCUGAUUGUUACAAAAUGGCCACAAAUAAAACAGAGAUAGACAGGUUAAAGAAACGGCCAGUAUCAAAAGAGUCUUCGGACAGUUUUAGCCCAUCAUUUGUUGUAUCUGUGAAACAAAAUGAAAAAAAAACAUUGCGCUCAAGUGGAAUUAUGUUUCAAAAACACCUUUGCAUUAUUUGUCAAAAAAGGGGAGGAAAGAUACAUAAAGUUAUGUCUAAGACGGUAGCAACAAAGAUGCUGGAGGUCUCGAAGCUUAUAGCAAAUAAAUCAUUUUUCAUCCGUAUGAACAAUAUUCCUAACGCUGAUGCUAUAGCAAAUGAUGCCCAAUAUCAUUUAGCAUGUUGGGUGAAGGUUCAGAGAGAGGCUUUAGCAUUACAUCAAGACAUAUCACAGCUACAAAAUAUGGAAGAUACAGACCGCGCACUUGCAGAUGUUGAAAUAAUUAACAUAAUCAAACAUUUAUUGGGGGAAUCACACGACAACGUAAUAAGUAUGAACGAUGUUAACUAUACAUACAACAACUUAAUGGGAAACUCCGAAAGCAACCAAAUCAAUUACAAGCGAUAUUUAAAGCACUUGUUAACAGAAAAUAUUGAGGACAUAGUGUUUUCAAGACCUCCAUCAAGAACAGAAUCCGAAAGAAACAGACAUGAAGACCUGGUCCUACUUGAAAGAGAAUUUCGCAAUUGCCAAAACCAAUAUACCAUUCACUGCCAUUGGGUCCGAUCACGCAAUGGAGCAGGAGAAUAAGGUAAUGAAGGUCACUGGAGGCAUUAAAGGACUGUUACAACAAUCAUCUACAUUGAACAGAUUUUGCCUUGUUUCUUCUAUACUUGCAUCAUUAUCGAAAGAGUUUUGUGAUAUACAAAAUGUCAAUGUUGAUCAAAGAAAGCAACACUACCAAUUGAGUGGCUCAACAUGUAGCAGGAUAGCUUCUAACGUCAAUAAAUUGCUUUGUAUCAUGGAUGACUUCGAUGUCAACUUCCGACAAUCCGAUUGUGUAUUUAAUGUUGUUUCAAAAGCUGUUCUUCACAAUUCACAAAUACUUCAACAUGCUGAUAUUGGCUCAAAAUGUUAUGAAGAAUUUGUCACGGAGAGGAUAAAAGGAACAAAA